GAGAAUAGCGGGAGUUUUUAUUCGUGGAAGCUUUCCAGAUGAGAAGGACGAGUCCUUGGGUUUUUGCUUUCUUUCCUUCGAGGAGAGGAAACCAUCCGGCGUUUUCCUGAAAGGUUUCCGCUAUGAGUGCGUUAGACAGGCAGGGAAGAGAAAACUAUCAGAUGAACUAUGUGUCUCGGGAAGAAUACGAGAAGAUGGUGGACAAAGUAAAACAAUGCGAAGCAGAGAAACUCAAAGUAAUGACGGACCAAGGAAAUUUAAUGAAGGAGUUUAACAAGAGAAUGCAGGUUCAUUUGGAAGAAAUUCGUUUACUGAAAGACGUGAAUCAAAAGCUACAGGCGGAUCUGCAAGAACUUAGGGAUUUGACAUGUUAUUUGGAUGACGAUCGCCAAAAAUGCCGAAAACUCGCUCGCGAGUGGCAGAGGUUUGGACGGUACACGGCAUCUGUAAUGCGCAAUGAAGUCGCAAAUUACCAAGAAAAGUUGAAGCUUUUAGAAGAGAAGCAAAGCGAGCUUUCAAAGGACAAUGCUGAGUUGAAGGAGUUGUGUCUCUAUCUUGAUCGAAAGCGCGAAUCAGUCGCGCUCGAAAAUCGCACCGUCUGCAGUAAAUGUUCGCAGCGGGUCUCGAGUAACCAGAGUUUAUAUUCCGCGAAACAGAACAGUACAGCAGAUUUUGUUGACGACCGCAGAAAUUCUUUUUCUGAGAGGCUCGAAGCGAAAUUGACGGACAUACAACAAGUGGGAACCAACAGCGAGACUUUGGUAAAGGACAGCCCUAUAUCCUCUCAAAAGGCUGACGUCGCGAAGAAGAGGGUUUCGUUUACCUUUCCUGGGGAUAUAGAUACGGAUACAGAUAGCAUGAGAAGUGACACCCCACCAAGAAUUUCCAGAACCAAUGGAAUAAAAAAUGGGAGUCAACCUGGAAUCCUGAGAAAUGGAAUGAAACCACUUCCCAAACAGGGGGAACUUCCUUUCCCAUCCCCUCAGCACAUGACACCAGAGGCUGUGGCUCAAGCCAUGAAAGUGCUAGAAAUACACGAGAGGCUAGAACACCCUGAUCAUUCUGCUGACACUGAUGUGCCAGCAGAUAGAUUAGGUAAUAACGAAGUGGAAGUCCUUAAAGAAAUGUGCAAUGUUGUGUGGAGAAAGUUGUCUGAUGAGCCAGAACAAAAUGGACAAAAUGGCACCCAUGGACAUGAAGAACCAGAAAUUCUUGAAGAUUUGUUGUAACCGAUAACUUCUGGAAAAGUACUAUACAGUCCAUUGCUUAAUUAAUUAGAGUAUACUUAGUAAAAGUAACACUUGUGCAAACAAUAAUGAAAAAUUAAUCUAGCACCAAACUUGAUUGCAGCACAAUCAACAAUGAGAACUAAUAUUUUUUUUCUGAUGAAACUCGAGAUAGCUACCUGUUUGUAAAAACUUGCUCGAUUUAGCUUGGAUCGGUUGUAAUAGCAAUUUAGCCCCACCUUCAUGCAAUUGUAUAGAAUUGCAGAACUGAUUGUUACCUUUUCAUUUUUAAAGGUAGAUUAUGAUUAGGUCCUCUUUCGCUUAGUCCAUUGAUCGUGAUGUACAAA